AUGCCCCUUAUGCGCAGGAAUCCUUCCGGAGUCGAUUCCGUGGCCGGUACACCCGGAACCAUGGUCAAAGAUAAGGUGUAUUGGGAGUGCCGGAUGCGCAAGCACGUCGGCGGUGAUCAGUACAAAUGUCCAGGGCGCCUGGUCACCCGUUGCAAUGGAACACAUAGACAUGUUGCCACGACACUGCCGCAACAUACACAUCUGCCUGACCCGGAUGCUGUGCUGGAACAUGAUCUUCGAAACACCGUGAAAGAGAUGACGAAAGUAAACAUGGACCCUCCGGCGAAACUCCUGGCAGCUGUUGCAGCAAAGUUUCCCAGCCGUGUUCAAACUCGAGUUUCGAAGAAUGCCCAGACAUUGCUGGUGAAGCGAUCACGGCCCGCUCCUGAGGCCGACCCGAAAACUAUUGAGGAGUUUGAAGUGCCGGAAACGCUCAAGCUGUCGAUCGACGGGGAAAAAUUUUAUCAAGGAUAUGCAGAGUCGUCGACUGGGGACAGGGCUUACAUUUUCACAACGAAGAGUGACAUCGAGGGACUGUCCGAAGCCCGAUUUUGGACCGCCGACGGGACUUUCAAUGUUUCUCCAUUACUUUCCCAGCUAUUCAGCAUCCACGGCAGUAUCCCUCCUCUUCACCAAACGACCACGCCGGCAGUAUACGUCUUCAUGACGAGUAAAAGUCAGGAACUUUAUACAGCCGUACUGACAGAACUUCUUUUCAUCGCCGACAAGUACCGCGUUAAAUUGCAACCCAGACAGGUGCUGACCGAUUUCGAGCUCGGCAUGGUAAACAGCUUUAGGACGACGUUCCCCAAGGCCAAGCACAGCUUAUGCUUUUUCCACCUAACGCAAUCCUUGCGCAGGAAGUAUGUGGCAUUGGGUUGCGCCAAGCUGCCGGACAGAAAAGGAGUCUUAAACCAUCACUUCAAGCUUGUUCAGGCACUUGCUUUCCUCCCACCUAACGACAUACCGGCAGCCUUCGCGGAACUCAAGAAGGUAACUCCUGCGCCCCUGCUCCCCUGGAUGCAAUACGUAGAACACGUGUACGUGUUGGGAAGGCCUGCGAGCGACGGAAGCCGUAUCAUCGGUCCGACAUUCGAUCCUGAGUUGUGGAGUGUGCACGACAACGUCAUGAGGGGAAUACCACGGACGACUAACAAUCAUGAGUCGUGGCAUUCCAGGAUGUCCAAACUGAUCAACAUUAAGCGGGUCCGUGUAUGGAAACUUGUUGAGGCUCUCAGGCUGGAGCAGAAAUCUGCGGAAGGUCGCGUUCUGGUGACCCAAGCCUUUCUACAACCUAACCGCAAAGCGAAACAAGCAAACAAAGACCAUAAUCUACGCCAAGUUUGUGCGACCUACAAGCUCUCGAAGCCACUCAGGUACCUGAACUCAGUUGCCAGCCAUUUGGGAAGUGAGACAGUCGCGAUUACAGGCAGUGAUGAUCAACACAAAGACCAAUCCGAGAAGGCGAUUUGACUGUUGUU